CCACCAUGUCAUCCCCCACAACCUGGCAAGUCGGCAUCAUCGGCUACGGCUUCAGCGCCAAGAUCUUCCAUAUCCCAUUCAUCCAACACUCCCCACACUUCCACCUCCAUGCCGUUGUCCAACGCAACCCCACGUUCAACAACGACGUGACCGCCGACUUUCCCGGUGUGGUUUUAUAUCGCACUCCAGAUGAAAUAGUUCAAGACCCCACUCUCGACAUCAUCAUCGUGACCACCCCCCCGGACACGCAUUUCCGCCUCACAAAACUCGUCCUCGAAGCUGGGAAGCACGUGGUCUGCGAAAAACCAUUCACGCCCACCUCCGCCGAAGCAUCAGAGCUAGCAACCCUAGCCACUAAGCAGGGGAAACUCCUCGCCGUAUUCCAGAACCGCCGCUGGGACUCCGACUUCAUCACCGUCUCGAACCUCAUCAAGACCGGCACGUUGGGCCGCAUAGUCGAGUUCGAAACCCACUACGACCGCUACCAACCCAAACCCACCAGCACCAAGAGCUGGAAGAACCAAGCUAUGGCCGGCCACGGGGCCAUCUACGAUCUGGGCGCCCAUGUCCUCGACCAGGCGGUGCAGCUCUUUGGUGUUCCAGCCCGCGUAACGGGCGUGGUGGGUAGUCAGCGUGAGGAGAAUCCGAGUGGGCUGGAAGAUGCAUUUACUGUGUUAUUGCACUAUGCCAAAGGACCGCUGGUGACGGUGAAGUCGAGCGUGCUGAGUGCGGAGGAGGAGCAAUUGCGGUUCUGGGUGCGUGGCGAGAAGGGGAGUUUCAAGAAGUUCCAUGUGGAUGUUCAAGAGGAUCAGCUGUUGGCUGGAAUGAGACCCGGAGAUGCAGGGUUCGGAGAGGAGUCGUCGGAGCGAUUUGGAACGCUCGUGACGGUUGCCGAUGGGAAAUUUUCCAAGGCAGAGUACCCCACCGACAAACCACCGACGUAUGCGGCGUUCUAUCAAACGUUGGCGGAUGCCCUGGCUGGCAAGGGGAAGCCGGCUGCCUCGGGCGAGGAAGCGCGCGAUGUCAUCCGGAUUAUUGAACUGGCGAGAGAGAGCUCGAUGCUGGGAACGUCUCUUGAUUUCUGAGAUAAGAUUGCAUCUCGGAAGAAAGCUGCGACCGGGGGCGUGCACCUUUCAUUGAUUUUAUGACUCGGUUUGCGAUCGUUAUACAGAAGUAAUAAUUCCACACUUGAACCUAACCCAAAAUCCU